CUUUGACUGUAUUCAAACCACAACUAAACCACGAGUUCAAACAACACCAACAUGAUCAAAUACGCCGUCGUUCUCUUCGCCCUCAUCGCUUGCGCCGCCGCCAAGCCCGGUCUGCUUGCUGCCGCUCCUUUGACUUACGCUGCUCCCGCCGCCGUCGUCGCCGCUCCAGCUCCUGUGGUGACCGCCACCAGCAGCCAAGUGAUCGCACGCAACUACAAUGGCAUCGCCGCUGCUCCAAUUGUUGCCGCCGCUCCUGUAGCCGCCCCUCUGGUUGCGCGUUAUGCUGCCGCCCCAGUUGUAGCCCGUUACGCGGCUGCUGCUCCUCUCGCCGCUCCUCUUGCUGCCCACUAUGCUGCUGGUCCACUCUUGUGGUGAACGAAAUGCAAAUUCGAAAUAACUUCUUAAGGAAAUAACUUAUAGUCUAAUUGUUAGAGACGGACCAUAUAGCUGUGUUGUUAAGGAUUUUUGUA